AUGCUAUAGGAGAAGGAUGAACAAUGGAAAUCAAAGAAAGAUCAGAUAAAAGAAAAAGAUCAAAUGAGGUAAAAGAUUCUAGAUGAGUUUCAGCAAAAAAGCGAUAUUCUUUAGCAAAAAGAAUUAAAGCUGACAGAGAAAUAGAGUAGAGUAAAGGACCUUGAAAAGUAACUUAGAAUUAAACUUCAUGAAUAUUCAGAGAGAUAAAAAGAGCUUAACCAAAUCAUGAUAGAUUAUAACAACGAAAGAGAUGAGUUUGACUUGUUCAUUAUUGAGGCGAAAAAUGAGAAAGACGAUAGGCAAAAAGAAAUUGAUAAGAUUAAAGAAUAAAUAGCAAAAGAAACUAAAAAAUAAAAGGAUUUUUUAGGUAGAAAUUAAAAUGCUGAACAUAGGAUGAAGGAAUAAGAAGAAGCUAUGACUAAACUUACUGAAGAUUUAGAGUUAAAGAAUAAGAAGAUGUAAAGAGAGAAGCAGUGGUAGCGAGAAAAGGUUCAAGAAAUAGAGAUAUGGAGAAGAGAGACGAUUAAGGAAGAGGAAGAUAUCUAAUAAAUGAGGCUUUAAAUUGCUAGAAGAAGAGAGACCAUUCAAAAGAAAGAGAUUAAUAUUAUUGACUGGGCUAAAAGGAAUUUAGUAGAAAAGAAUAAAUAUGAUGGAGAGAAAGGAGCAUUAGACGCCCAAAAAGAAAAUCUUGAAAGAGAGGACUUGGAACUGACUGAAAAAUUAAGACGUUUGAAAAGAAGAGAAUUUGAUGAGUUAGCUAAGAAGGCAAAGAUCAUAGAGGGGCAAAAGGAUUUGCUUAAAUCCUUAAAAUCAGAAGAGGCCUAGUUAAAUAAAAAAUGCACAUAGCUUGAAUUGGAAAUUUAGUCAAUGGAUGUGAUGAUAAAAAAUCAUAUGGAUAUAAAGGAGAACUUAGAUCUAAAGAUGCUGGGACUUGAACUAAGUGAGGAGAUGUGGAAGAAAAAAUGUGAUGAGUAAAGAAGGAUACUUGCUAUUGAGAAAUAAAAAUUAGAUGAUUAUGAAUAAAAACUAAAGUAAAGAGAUCUUAAUUUAAAGCAGUAGAAUAGAGAGCUUAGCGAAUAGAGAAAGCUUAAUAAAGACAAUGGGUUUUCUAGUAUUAAAAGAUCUAGAAGCAAGGGUGUGGCGAGCAGCACUAAUAGUCUGAGAUUAAGAAGUAAUAAUAUAAUGAAUUCAAGCAAAGAAAUAAUAUGA